GAUACUAAUCAUCUAGACCACAGGGAUUGGUGGAAGUCAUGCAAAACCGUUUUUUCCGCAUUCAUGUAAAGAUGACACUGAAGCAGACACAUUGAGCACACGUUUGGCAUGUCAAGGCUUGUUGUACUAAUUACAUAUGCCACCAACAAAGGGGAUGGAUACAAUUUGGGAUUUUAACUUCCCUGACCAGGACAGGCACGCAAUACUGGAAUAUACAAGAAAACCAGAAACCCUGAACAUGGGUUACAGGAAGCCCCAGAGAGGACAUUCCCUGUAUUCUUCAGAGGAAAACUGGGGGCGAAGCUCCAUCAGGAGACCCCCGGGUUUGACCUGUUGGACCCCAACAUGAGAGUCAUAGAUGUUAGUUAUAACUGCCUCCACGACAAACACCUGAAGUGUUUUUUCCGCCAUCCGGAAAGGAAGAAGCGGCUGGUGAAGCAAGGCCUCAUCACCUCAAAUGAGAAGGUGCUGUGUACGUGUAAGGAGUACAAUCGCUACAGUGGCUACAUCAAGUCAGUUCAGUUGCUGUGGGAGAAGCAGUGCUGUGCCCAGCAGAAAAAUCUUUUGAAGCAGUUCCUAGUCUUGCAGCAGCAAGGGGAGGUUCCGUCCCACAUCUCACUGACGGAUAUUAGAGAGUGGCUCAUUGCCAAGGGUAGAAACUACUUCAAGAACACGUUUCAGAGUGAAAUGGAAGAGGGGAAGAACCUUCACUUGGCCGAACUGGCUUGGGAGGUGAAACGACGCCUCAGGCUUGAGGAGCUGGAAAGAGAAGUGUGCAGGGAGCUGCGCCUGGAGCGCCGAAUUGGACAGCCUGGUAGCCAGAUGGGAGAUUGGAGACCCCUGGGCAUGGAGACACACACACCUCUGGUAAUGGACUCUCCCUUCAGACACUCCACCUCCUCGAUGGACACUCUUUCCAGUCAGAUCUCGACUGAGAACCUCGAGGUUGCUAGGCUACAUACUGCCAGACCACGUUCUGCCAGACCACCAACUGAAAGACCUAGCAGUGACUCUGAUCACUCUGGAACCGUGUCUACUGUGAUGACCUGCUCACCACAUUCAGCUAGCCCGUCAGCGAUUACUGUUAGGGACUUGCUGCUCAUGAUUGGACACAUAACUAGCUCAGUAUUGGAGGAGGUAAAUGGCAUCCUGAUCCCUGCCUUGGUUGACCUUAUAAGGCUGAGAGCUUCAGAAAGUGCUGCAGAGAGUAUGCUCCCCAUCAGCAAAGACACCAACGAAGAUUCAACCCAGGGCUCUGUCAGCUGUACCUCCUUACUCUCCAAAGUCAAUGUGAUCUGUCUCACUCAGAGUCCUGACAGUAGGUCCUCCCCAAUCUCCAUUGAUGAACCAGUCACUGCUGUCCAGACUUGUUGUAGCAGCAGUUCUCUGUCCAGUGAGGAACGAGCACACUCUUCCUCCAGUCAGAUCUCUACUAAGAACCUCCUGGCUACUAGGCCACGUUCUACCAGGCCCCAAUCUGCCAAACCGCCAACUGCUAAACCAUCACCUGCUAAACCACCAUCUGAUAAACCGUCACCUGCUAAACCACCAUCUGCUAAACCACCAUCUGAUAAACCACCACCUGCUAAACCACAAUCUGCUAAACCAUCACCUGCUAAACCGUCACCUGCUAAACCACCAUCUGAUAAACCGUCACCUGCUAAACCACCAUCUGCUAAACUACGAUCUGCUGUACCACAAUCUGCUAAACCACAAUCUGCUAAACCACCACCUGCUAAACUACGAUCUGCUAAACCACCACUUGCUAAAUUACAAUCUGCUAAACCACCUACUGCCACUGACUACUCUGGAACCUCAUCUGCUGUGGUAGGUCGUGGGCAUGUCAUCCCUGUCAAACUGACCUUGGCCCCUUUCUCCUCCUUACUCUCCAGCGAAGAGACCAACACCAACCUCCCCUCCAGCAGCCGCCCCUCCUCGUGCUCUAUCAAGCUUUUAGACAGUAGGAGUGACAUUCCUUGCUCCCUGGCUGUGAGCUCUAUUUCAACUGUUCCUGGACAUGACUCUAGCAGCAGCCCUGUGCGGGAGAAUCAAUUUGCUACUGAGGUCUCGUCGAUCUGCCUCAGCCAAGAUAGAAAUGGCCAAGGAGGGAGUGUGACACCUCCAGCCCCUUUGGAUGUUUCCCUCCCCUCCAUUAUUGAGCAGGCUGGCGAGCUUGUAUGUUCCGUCAUCUCCAAGUCUUUAGCAAUUGUGGAAGCGCGGUCAAGUGUGAAUGUUGAGGAGGGCUCUCCAUCUCCCACCACAGUCUCCCAUUCUCCUACAAGCGUGUUUGUCAGCCACUUAAGGAGUAGCCCACUAGGUGAGGACCUUGUAGAUUCAACACUUGCGGAUGUUAUCUCUGUCCUGAAAAUGGAGGGAAUUCUUUCCUCCUCUCCGACUUUGGAGGAGGAGCUGCUUGAUCUCUCCUCCAGUUGUUCUUCAUCAUCCAGCGAAACACUGCAAUGUGUGUCUGUUGGCCCUCUUGGCGGUGGGUCGGAGACGUCCUUCAAGCUUCUUGGGGGUCGUACUCUGAGUAUCGCCACCCCAACGGCCCAUGUUAUCACAGAGGACUUAGAAGUCUACAGUGAUGAGAUCAUUGACGAAAUCCUUAUUAUAAUGAGGACCAAAAAAGAUGAUGACAGUGGAAGUGACGUCUCUGGUGCAUCAACACCAUGCAGCACACCAGCACCACAGAGCCGGUCCUCUUCUGCACUGAGGGGAGUGCUUCCCCAUGACAGGAGGAUACUCAGCACAACACUGCUUGGAAUCCAGAACACACUAGACAGUGAGAACCUCUCAGGAGAGUGCUCCAUCUCACCACAGGACAAUGCCAGAGUCCUGGAGAUGAUAAAGUUGCUGCAGAGGCGCCUUGAUGGGACACCCUCAGAGUCCUCCAUCCAUAUCACAGAUGUGGCUUCACCCUUGGGCUUUCCUCUCCCUGUAUCUCUCCAUGCUGUUCAGUCGUGUGUAUUUGCCACUGACAAAGACCUGAAGGCAGAAAGAGUGAAGGGAGUCUUUGAAAGCCUGAGAUCCCAGUUUAUGAGCUACUCCAUCAAGCCUGUGAGUAACAUCAUUACCAGGGCAACAACAAAGAUGGCUGCCUCCAAUCAGGUUAGUUUAGAGACACUCCAGGCAGCAUCAGCAAAAUCAUCUGCUGUGGCUCAGAACCUUAUUAGUUCGGUUUUAUUUCAAGUUGCCAAGGUGUCCUGCUCUGAUGACUUAGAGGGUCUGGGUGAUCAUCUCAGAUGCCCCUCAACUUUGACCAGAGUUCUGACACCUUUGACCUCAGAGAAAGCUACACUGACACCUGCUGUUCUGAAGAUCAGAAGGGAGAUGUGUAAGGAAGUGGCCACCGAACUCCAGAGUUUCUUGAUCAAGGAAUCCCUUACUGGCACCCAGACACCAUCCAAUGGACAUGCUUGCACUUCUGGUUCUGCCCCAAGGGAAGCUGUGCGGGACAUCCUGAGGAAAACCAAAGAGGAGGCUUCCAACAAAAGCCUGAAUAAUAUUUUCUCUGUUAAUUUGGAUGAGCGGCUCACAGACUCCAUUGCAGAUGCCUUAUAUCCAAAGCUGCAUGACACAUUGGAGUCCAAGAGAGAGCUGCAGGCUUCUUAUUACAGCUCCCAGAUCAGCUGCAGCCUCAGCCCCUUCGAAGUUGAGAGCAGCCUAGAGCUCCAGGAGUUCACUGACCCACUAUCUGAGUCAGUAUUGUGUCUCCUGGAUAGGACAUUUGGAGAUAAAGCUCAGAACUUAAAGACAGGCGGGGGUGUUUUACAAUAUGUCACAGACCCAACCUAUAAGAAGCUUUUGAUUGGACCCCACACCAACGACGUCAAUGUGGUUGUGCACACGAUUGCAGUAGAGGAGUUGCCUGUUGAGGGUUGUAUUGCGCAAAGUGAGGCCAUUCAUGGCCUUCACAAGAAGCAAGAGUUACCUUCCAGUGGCAGAGGGAAUGAGACUCAGAGCCCUACUAAUUGCCUACUGGAGGGUGUAGUGGGCAAACUGGUACGGAAGAUGCUAUUUCAGGGCCUUGACGUCCCUGAGGUACCCAUGAAGGACAGCCGCUCUGAGAGCUUUAAGCUACAGUAUGAACUGGUUGCAAAGCUUUGUCCUCUGAUGGUAAGGACAAUCAUGGCUACAACCAUAGCCAAUCAACCACCUACUAUUCAAGAAGCAGUGAUGUCUUCCGAGAACAUCCAUGUGAAAGAGCUGUGUGAGGCAGGUAUCAAACCUUUCAAAGAGAACCAUGUACCCGAUGACUCUGAGACAAACAUCAUGGUCAGAAGGGCUUUGAGUGAAAUUGAAUCCUGUAUGAUGGAGAACUCCGACAAGGACUCUCCCAGUCUACAUUCCACACCAGAGGUGGUUGUAGACCUGAUCACCAAGCUGCUUCAUGGGUAUGAGCUUGACUCAGAGGACUUUGCAUCACCUGUGUCAUCCCCAACCACCACUCUCUCUGAUGUGGCAAUGGACAUGGUGGUUUCUGUCCUUCGGGACAUGUCCGAUUCCCCAGACGUUCCCUCAGCAUUGGAAAUGACCAAGGAUCUCAAGACGCCGUACUCCCGCCCCUCAAGUGCAAGGAUUGUAAGUGCCCUCUGCAGAGAGCUGGAGGAGCACAUGGGCUCUCCUGAUGCUUUGAGGCGAGCUUUGAGCCGCGGCAGCGGGGAGAUGACAACAGCCAUUGCGAGUGCAGUCACCAGGGAAGUCAACCGUCUGGGUUCAAUCGUACCCAAAGUCUCUGUCCGGCCGCUCUCCUCAGACAUCUGCCUAAGGACAGACCAGGACAAGGUCAUGGUUAAGAGCCGAUGUGGCUCGGCUGAGGUGAAGGCAUCCCAACCGGUGUAUAUUAUUGUUCACGUAGAGGCGGUGAUGGAUAUCAUUGUCCGGCUGCGGUCUCUGAUUGUUCCUCGGACCCAGGAUAAACUGGCCAGCUGGACCCUAGUUGAGGAUGUGACCAACAAGCUGUCCAGUGCUCUGUGGGUGAGGGUGACUAACAGGUGGAGGGAAGCAAAUGUCUGCCUGAAGGCAACAGACAUCUUUCAGCUGGUGCUGUCUGUGCAUAGAAAGUUGAUGCAACGCUAUGGCACAGAGGAAGCCCUACAGAAGAUACUGUGCCACAAGGCACCCAAGCUGCACAAGGACAUUGUCUGUCUUGUCACGAACGCAAUUAUGGAUGCACCAUCCAAACUUCAAGGCACCAAAAAUCUGGAAUCUACACUCAACUUGAAAGAAUUGACAGCCUUGUUUAAUGAAAUGACAACCCGUCAAUCUUUGAAUAAGAAAGCUGAGCAGAGCAGCAUCAAGACUGAGAUUGAACAGCCGGAGUGGUCCACUGUGGAACAAGUGACAUCCGGUUCCAGCAGCUUCAUUAGGGAGCUUAUAUUAGAAGAAGUCCUGAUGAAGCUUGUCAAGAAGAUAUGCCGUAUGCCAAAAAGGACCAACAAACAUCAGCGCAUCCAGAUCAGUGAUCUGGUGACUGAGCUGAUCCGAUUGUUCGAUGAUGAGGUGGCCAAAUAUCUGAUUGAGGAAAUGGGAAGCCAGCAAAAAAGUUUCAAUUCUAAGAUGACAUCGAAGCUGGCAGAUGCCAUCUACACUGACCUUGGGAAGGUCAAGCGUUUGAAACGCUCCUUGAAAAUUGACGAUUUAUUUGAGGAUCAGGAGAUGCUUUCCAUUGUCUCUGUCAUUGUUUCCCACAAGCUACUGGCCAUCUUGAAACCCUCAGUGCCCAGCGAGACCUCAGACCUUGAAGACUCAUGCAGUGAUGAUGUGGAGGAUGUGGAAUCUGAGGGGGUGCAUUAUGCCACCGGCAGAAAGUCCAAGAGGAGCAUUGUCCUUAAAGACACUACAGACCAGCCAGAUAUGUACAUUGCUGUGGAUUCUCCACCUAUGAUUAAAUUAUCCAAGAUGAGGAAAGGCAUCCGGGGCUUCUUCUGGGGAGUCCAGAAGGCCUGGAAACGCUUGGUCACCUGCAAGUCCUCUGGGUCCUCUGAUGGGUAGCCUGGAUGACGUGCAGCCCAUGUCAGUUGCUUUUGCCAGGCUACAUCUGAGGAGGACACCACAACUGGCCUCAAUACAACAUUUUUAUUUUUAUUGUUCAUAUCUGUUUUCAUUUUGAGUCCCCUAAUGCUGCUAUAUUUGAACCAGGCUUUCAGUGGACUAGCUUACCAUUAGUUUAAACUCCUUAAGGAAGAUCCACUAUAGGCUACUCAACACCAAAAUUCCAUCUGGGUCUUUUGAUCCCUUAUUAGCUCCCACUCCUGUAACUAGGAAUGUGAGCUUCUAAAUGUCAUUCAGACAUCUACAUCUUCUCCUGUGAUUAGGAAGAUAAGAUAAGAAACCCAACCAAUUGACUAGAUGUGCUGUACAUCUGAUGCCCUCUCCCUAUUGUAAUCAUUGAUCCACGUCCAUUGCAGCCUCUAAAUUUGAUGUAGAUAUUUAGCCUAAAUUAAAGAAUGACAAGGAGGGUAGGCCGACAGCAGCUUCUACUCUUCCGAUUAGGAAAGUGGUGCUAAACUUUUUGGGCUUUGAGGAACUAUGUAUUUUAUUUUUCAAUCACUUUUUUUAUGGUACUUUUUAAUAGUUGUUUUAAUAAACCAUUUGUAUUGCAGAUUUUGAUUAAUAUUGUAUCUUUUAUAAUUUUAAUUUAGGUAUUCAUUUGAUGACGUGGGACUAAAGCGUAGUUUAUACCCUACAUACAUACACAAUAACUUCAAGCAGCUACACAAAAAACACUCUACACAAGAACGCAGGAUCAGCAUUUAGUGAAGCGUUCUUGUGUUGCACACGAGGGGUAUGAACUAGGCUUAGUCAUUUUAUGACUUCUAUACGGGUAUAUAAUGGUAUCCAUAGUGCAGUAUUAAGAUAUUCAUUAUGGAGCUUUAUAUUAUAGUAGAAAUAAUGUAAAUGAAUAAAAGUGAAUUGAUGUA